CAAGCUUCCGACACGCACCGCAUCGCGCUCCAGCACACAAUGUCCUUUUCCCGCUGCGUCCGGACACGCACUUCGAACCUUCAUCCCUUCCGCGCCCUCUCUACCACCGCACAUCGCCCCCAGUCUUCGAUACCCUACACCCCAACAUGUCCGGCGCCAACCUGCCCCUGCGCCUCCACCCCGCCAGACCUCGACAUCGACCGCAAAACGCCACUCCUGAACACAAUGGCCAGCUACACAGAGCAAGUCCUCAUAUGCACGGGAAAAGAAGACUGGAGCAGCAGGAUCGAAGACGAGCAGUCCUCCGCCGGGGCCUUUGUGCGCGGACUCCGCGCCGAGAUUGGAAAGGGCGGGAAGGGCUUCGAUCCCUUUAACAACGUCCUAAUAACCGCCGCCUCCUUCCCCGCCAGCCCAACCCCCAACUCCACAACCGCCCUCCUCUUCCCCUCCUUCAAACGCAUCCCCCGCAUCCCGCACAACGCAGUCUCAAGCUUCGCCUCCGCAUACCUCAAACCGCGCGCCCUGCACCCCGCGCACGCCGCCCUGUCCCCCGCCCAAAAAGCGCGCCUCCUGCGCGACGCGUCGCUCGCCGCCACGCUGCCGCCGCCCGAAGACAUCACCCGCAUCACGGUGCUGAUAUGCGGCCACGGCGGGCGCGACAAGCGCUGCGGCGUGCUCGGGCCGAUGCUGCAAUCGGCGUUCAGGCAGGAGUUCGCGCGCCGCGGCGUGGACGCGCAGGUUGGGCUGAUCAGCCAUGUUGGCGGGCACAAGUAUGCGGGGAAUGUGAUUAUAUACGUUCCGCCUGCGCUGCGGGAGCACAGGUUGGAGUUGAAGCCUAGGGCGAGGUUGUUUGGACGGGGAUGAGGGCGAUGGAGUGGGUGCGGUUAGAUGUGGGCUGCGCGGGAGAAGAGGAUGCGUUUGAAGCGUGUCUGGAUAUGUAGAAAGUACUGUACACUAGUUUACACUAUACACUAUACACUCCUAAACUAACCUAACUUAGGAGAU